CAGACCGUGCAGUAUGGCCGGCGGUGGCGUAGUAGUGCGCCGCGAGUGACAGAUACACGAUCAUCGUCCGCUCGAUCUCUCCGGGAUGUCCGCGCGCGAAACUCCGAGUGAUAGAAUGUUCGUUUCCAUCUGAGGGAAGAACAAAAAGAAGAGAACAAAAUAGAAGUAAGUGCGCGAAAGAAAGUGUGUACGAAAAAAAAAAAAAAAACCAAGAAAAAGACAGACGGAAAGAAAGAGGGAAGGAACGAGAGAGAAAGAGAGAGAGAGCGAAAAGCCCGUGCGGCAACCCAUUACUAUCCAUCUAUUCCCGGCGCCGGUGUGAUGAUCAAGGAUAUGGCGGACGAUGAGGCCAUCCAGGCCACCAACGACGACGCCAGCGAGUGCAAGCGUUACGCGGUGCAGCUCGGCUACUGGUGCGACCCGUUCAUCAGCCUCUUCGUGAAGCAGACCGCCCGGAAGGCGCCCGAGAUCAAUCGCGGCUAUUACGCCAGAGUCAAGGGCAUCGAGCUCUUCGUCGACAAGUUCCUCAAGCUGUCUGGCGGUAAGGGUCAGAUCAUAAACUUGGGUUCUGGUUUUGACACACUCUACUGGAGGCUAAGGGAGGCGGGGAACAGUCCGGCGAACUUCGUAGAACUCGACUUUCCCAGCAUAACUGCGAAGAAAUGUUAUCACAUCAAGAAGCACAAGCAAUUAAUCGAUAUGCUAAACACCGAAGACGGAGAGAUCCGAUUUUCGACCACGGAGCUGCACGCCGCGAAUUAUCAUCUAGUCGGUACAGAUCUUCGACACAUAGCGGAGUUGAAUAACAAGCUAACCCAGGCCGAAGUCAAUUUCAAUUUACCCACUAUGUUCCUCGCAGAAUGUGUUCUAGUGUAUGUAGAUGCUAGCGCGACCUCGUCACUGUUGAAAUGGCUAGCAGGCAAGUUUCCAAACAGUCUCUUCGUCAGCUACGAACAGGUGAACAUGAAAGAUAAAUUUGGCCAAGUUAUGCUGUCGAACCUCCGUAGCCGCGGGUGCUUAUUGGCGGGCGUGGAGGAUUGCGAGUCGUUGGAGACUCAACAAAGGCGCUUUACUAUAAACAAUUGGGAGGGCACGAGCGCGUGGACGAUGGUAGAGGUUUAUGAUUCACUGCCUGUAAUGGAUCGUAGUCGAAUCGAGCAUAUAGAGAUGCUGGACGAACGAGAACUCCUCACCCAGCUACUUCAGCACUAUUGUAUCGCCGUCGCUUGGAACGGACAAACAUUCAAAAAUCUGUCUAUAGCACAGGGUUAGAUGAAUCUAACUCUUCCUCUCUGUGUCCUCUCUUGCGAGUUACUCCAGGAUUCGGAUACUUCUUCUUUUUCACCUUUCAAACAGUUCGCCGUAAUAAUUUUUGUCUAUGCUUCGAGUAUAUUCUUCGUCCUCCACUAAGCGCAUCAUGAAUAUACCUACUAUUUUUUAAUGACUGCUGUAAAACGAGACAUUGUAAAAUUCUCGACGUUGAAGAUGUGGCGCUAGUUAAUAAUAAUGAUCGGAUAAUCUUGAUGUCCUUUCGCAGAGAUUUCCAGUCACUUUAAUUUUACAUUUACGUAUUCUUCAAAUUUUGUGUAUAAUGUAUAACAAAGUCUAUCUCUGCAAAAGAACGAUUGAGUCUCGCUUCUUAUUGCAGAUUUUUCAUGUAUAAAGUCACGAUCGAUAUUAUAAUUAUUAUAGAUCGCUAUUGUUAUAUAAUUGUGUAUGUGCGGCCAAAUAGCGCGAUAAUAAUGCGCAGAGUAAUUUAUUAUAUUAUGAGAUAUCAUCGAAGAUCAAUCAUCUAACACGCUCGUUACGUAUUUUUUUCACCAUUUCCAGUUUAUUAUCCGCCUAUAAUCUCAUUUUAAUAUAUGUAUAAAGUUUUACAUUUUGUAAUAUAGUUGCAGAAAAUAAUUUUUGUAAUUAUAUAUGCUACAUCUGCUCUUUUUGCUGUUUGAGAAAAAAAGAAUGUAAAGAAAAAUAUGUAGAAACUACAGCUAAAAAGAAACGAUUCUAUAUUUUUUAUCUAGAUUCUGUAUUUUAUGAAUCAUUCAUUACGAACAUAAAACUGUAUUUUUCUGAGACAUUCAUAUAGAAUUCUAACUUCUUUGAAUUAAUACACGAGAAUCUGUGACAGAGAUGGUGUAAAAUUAUUCCGCGAGAUCCGAUCUUUGAAUGUAUAUUAAGUAUUAGAGAUUACGAAUCACAUAUUGAGUCAUGAGAAAAGGCGAGAUUAGUAUUACGAUUAUAUAAAUCGUUAUAAUAAGUGAUUAUCAGUCUCGUAUGCGUGCGAUGUGAUCAAUUAUUUAAGAUACAAUAAAAGCAUAAAAGUGAA